AUGGAAAACCACCACCACCACAACCAUAACCAUAACCAGAAUGACCGAAGAGAAGGCCACAAAAUAGUUGUGGUAAUGGUGCCACUACCAGCUCAAGGCCACCUCAAUCAGCUUCUCCACCUUUCCCGUCUCAUCUCAUCCUACGGUAUUCCCGUCCACUACGUCGGAACCACCACCCACAGCCGCCAGGCCAAGCUGCGCAUCCACGGAUGGGAUCCUCUCGCCGCCACAAACAUCCAUUUCCAUGAAUUUCCAACCCCUUCUUUUCUCUCUCCCCCGCCCAACCCUAAUGUCUCCUUCCCAUCACAUAUUUUGCCAUUAUUUUAUGCAUCAUUGAGGCUUCGCGAGCCUGUUGGUACACUUCUACGCUCACUAUCAAAUACAAGUAAAAGAGUCGUCGUCAUUCAUGACUCUCUAAUGGCUUCCGUCGUGCAAGACGUCCCUUCAAUACCGAACGCCGAGUCUUACAGUUCUGAAAGCGUAUCAGCUUUUUUCAUCUCCUUGUUCCACUGGGAAACGGGAAAACCUAUCCCAAUUGAACCGGAAAUAUUAAAAGAGGCUCCAUCUCUCGAAAGUUGUGUGACAUCGGAGUUUAUGGAAUUUUUACAAACACAAGAACAGCACGGGAGAUUCAACUCUGGAUCUCUUUACAACACAUCCAAAUCAAUAGAAGAUCCGUACCUCGAUAUGCUAGCAGAGGACCAGAUUAUUGGAACUAAGAAGCAAUGGGCUAUAGGGCCAUUCCAUCCGGUUGAAAUAUCGAAGGACGAAGGUUCAAAUAGGCGUCAUUCAUGCUUGGAGUGGCUUGACAAACAGGUUCCAAAAUCUGUGAUUUUUGUAUCUUUUGGAACCACCACUUCAUUGUCUGACGAACAAAUCAAAGAGCUUGCAAUUGGAUUAGAACAAAGCGGGCAAAACUUCAUCUGGGUGUUGCGAGAUGCAGAUAAAGGAGAUAUAUUUGCAGGAGAAGUUAGAAAAGCUGAACUGCCAAAAGGGUACGAAGAGAGAGUGGCAGGAAGAGGAAUAGUGGUGAGAGACUGGGCACCACAAUUGGAGAUUCUGGGGCAUCCGUCAACAGGUGGUUUCAUGAGUCAUUGUGGGUGGAAUUCAUGCAUGGAGAGUAUGAGCAUGGGAGUGCCAAUAGCAACCUGGCCAAUGCAUUCAGACCAACCA